UGUGGCGUACAGAUGCAACACCCUCUUCCAUACUGCUAACCUACGCAUCUGGUGCAAAUUACCAUGUCAGCCCUCAAACUCUCCAUGGUGGCUUCCAUUUACGGCAAACCCUACACCAAACUCGACAGAUGGGCGCGCACAAUAGCGCCACCCGCCACCGCCACCAACACCAUCACCACUACCCCAAUUGCUGUAAAGAAGUCUUCGCUGUCCCAAAAUAGAGCCACAGAGCGACUCUCGCGGACGGAUGGGUGGAGGAUAAUGCCCUGCGCACACCUCGCCGCGUCGGCGCACGAUAAGGGCUCUUCUAGAAAUCUAGGGUUUCGUUGUGCCCACAGAUCUCUCUCUUCAUCGCCUCCCAAUUUUUCCUCCUCCUCCGAACACAGAGGAGAAGGGUCUGGUGGUAACGUGGCCGACAUGGGUUCGGAGAGUCAGGACGCCGCCGUCGGCUGGUCUGAGAAUCACCGGUCGUCGCAACGGAAACAACCUCAGCCUCCGCCGGUGUCGUCGUCUUCGAAGUUGCUCACAUUGCCUACGGUUUUGACGCUUGGUCGUGUUGCCGCCGUCCCGCUUCUCAUCGGCACCUUUUAUGUGGAUUCUUGGUGGGGGACAACCACAACAACAACUAUUUUUAUUGCUGCCGCAAUCACAGAUUGGCUUGAUGGGUACCUUGCUCGGAAGAUGAGGUUAGGCACCACAUUUGGGGCAUUUUUAGAUCCAGUGGCUGAUAAGCUUAUGGUUGCUGCCACAUUGGUGUUAUUAUGUUCCAGACCUUUGGAAUUUGGUAUGUUUGGUCCAGUACCAUGGCUGCUGACUGUGCCUUCAAUUGCCAUAAUAGGUAGAGAGAUAACCAUGUCUGCAGUUAGAGAAUGGGCUGCAUCUCAGAAUACUGAGCUUUUAGAGGCUGUUGCUGUAAACAAUUUGGGGAAAUGGAAAACAGCCACACAGAUGACAUCACUAACCGUCCUUCUGGCCGCUCGAGACAGCAGUCUCACAGCAGCAGGGGGUUUAGUGGCUUCUGGAGUUGUUUUGCUAUACAUCUCAGCAGGGCUUGCUGUUUGGUCACUAGUUGUCUACAUCAGAAAGAUAUGGAAAGUAUUGAUCAAGUAGCAUGCUUGAUCUUCAGAUUUUGAUUUGGCUCAUAAACCAUUGGUGGUUUGCCAAACAAGGGUGUGCCUGCUACUCCAAAUUUUUACAGUAUACUUAGAGGAUUGAUUGCAUAUAUUGAAACAGGAAUUUUUUCCAGCUGAUCGGAUGAAGAGGAAUAUGCUUUCACCAAAGUUUAGGCCCCACUUAGAUUGAAUUGAAACUGUUUGGAGGAAGCAGUACCUACUCAUUGUUUUAGAGCUGUUCCAUAGUCCUUAAAAUCUCAACACCUAUGCAUCCUCAGUUUCACUGAGGAAAUGUUGGGGGCACAUAUGUUGCACUGAGGGCUGUCCCCCCUGUCUUACAAUCUUUACUUAUUUAUUUUUCACUUAUCGCUAUAUCCCUCGCGAGCAUCCAUGUGUUAGAAGACUGAUUUGGAGCAUGCAUCGAGGAGGAUGCAUUGUCGGAAUCUGGCUGAAGACGCAUCUUGAAUGGAGUUAUUAAAUUAUUGGAGUCUCAGAGUUGGAAGAGAGUAUUUUAUGGUAGACGUUUUGAACAUGUAAACAAGAAGCUGUGAAGCAGCCAUCUUUAAGUGAUCUUUCAGAAGUCUUUUCUGGGUUUGCUGUUUAAACGCUUGCUUUAAAUUGAAUUUCAUGGAUUACAUAUGCCUCGUUCAGGUGGAUUAUGACGUACUAUAAUUUCAAUUUAUUCACCAUAUUUUCGGUUUGAAUCAGGUUCCUUGUAAACAGGUAUAGGUUUUUAUUUUUGGAAUAUUGGAAUAAAGAAUGGGAAAGAGAACUAAAUUCUAUUAUGGAAAUGAAAUCUCAUUCUCAUUAGGAUUUUAA